AUGCGCCUUCUAAGCCCCCUCCUAGCCUCCCUCCUGGCAAUUCCAGCUUCAAGCAGAUACAUCGUUCCAGGCGGAAGAUGGCUAGACACGAAUGGAUCAGUAGUCAACGCGCACGGCGGCGGCAUCACAUUUGACGAGAAGACCGGCAAGUUCUGGUGGUUCGGCGAGCACAAAACAGAAGAUUCGCCCGAAGGCGGCGGCGUAUCUGUUUAUAGUUCGGAGGACCUUGCCACCUGGACUCCGGGGGAACUGGCCCUAGCGCCAGUGGGGGGUCACCCAUACAUAUCUCCGGACAACGUGAUCCAACGACCCAAGGUAGCUUACAGCUCCGAGACAGAUGACUAUCAUAUGUGGUGGCACGCCGAUAAUUCAACCUACGGUCUCCUCCUGCAAGGCCACGCGGUCUCCUCCACAAUUGGCGGACCUUAUAAAUUCGUCGACGCAACCGCUCCUCUCGGAAACUGGUCUCAGGAUUUCGGACUAUUCACUGACUACAAAGACGGCCGCUCUUACGCGCUCUACUCGAACGGUGAUUCGAAAGACGGACGCGACGUGUAUAUCACAAGUAUGAACAAGAAUCUCACAGGACUGGAGGAGACCAUCUACCGGUUCCCGAAAUACGACCUUGAGGCGCCGACGAUCAUGCAGACGGAUAAGAGCUACUGGGCUCUUAUGAGUCAUAAGACUGGAUACAGGCCAAAUAAUGUGGUCGCGUUCCGAGCAGACUCACUCAGCGGUCCGUGGUCCCAGCCGUUUAUUGUUUCGCCACUGAACACGAGGACAUUCAACUCGCAGUCUGGAUUCACGCUCAGAAUCAAGGGAUCGAAAAAGACGACAUAUCUGUAUAUCGGAGACCAGUGGGACUCGAAUUCUGUCUGGGACAGUCGGUAUAUCUGGCUUCCUAUCCAGACCGAUGAGUCGAAGAAGACCCUGGAACUGGAAUGGCACGAUGUUUAUGAUCUGAAUGUGAAAACUGGAGAAUGGAAACCCAUCAAGGGGAAGACAUACGGCGCGAAACAGGCACUAACACACGGUGAUGCAUACAAGCAGGAGGCUAACUUCGCCACGGACGGCAUGAUCCUCACCGGCAUCUCCGGCAACGAAAGCACAGUAACCUUCACAGGCAUCGAGGGUACCGGAAAACCACAAUUGGUUUCAUUCUACUACCAAAACACCGACGACAUGGGCUUCGGCGACCAACCAGGCGGAACCCCCGACCGAAUCGGCGGAGCAUGGCAGCUACGUCGGAUCAGCAGCGUCGUGGUCAAUGGCGAUCCCGCGAGCAUGCAGACUCUGUACCAGCGGGAUACGCAUAAGGGGAUAAUUCUGUCUACGCCGUUGCAGCUGACGCUGGAGAAGGGGAGGAAGAAUACGAUUACGAUUGGGGGUCUUGAUAAUGGGUUUGGUGUUCGGGGCGCGGAUUUGGAUCGGAUUGUUGUGUAUCCUUCUGAGAAGUAG